AGUCCUGUUGUCAAACCAACCACUGUGCGUCUUGUGUUAUCUAUUGCUGUUUCUCUUGGUUGGUGUAUUCGUCAGUUAGAUGUUAAAAACGCGUUUCUUCAUGGUCAUCUUACAGAAGAGGUAUAUAUGCGUCAGCCUCAAGGUUUUAUUCAUCCUUCUUUUCCUAAUCAUGUGUGUCGCCUCAAAAAGGCAUUAUAUGGUCUAAAACAGGCUCCUCGAGCUUGGUUUCACCGGUUCAGUGGUUUUCUCCUAUCUCGGGGAUUCUCUCAAAGUAAGUCUAACUCUUCCAUGUUUGUCCUUUGUCAGCAGUCUCAGGUUGUAUAUAUUUUGCUGUAUGUGGAUGAUAUUUUAAUCACUGGCUCCUCAUCGUCUCUUGUUCGGUCUAUCAUUCAUUCUCUAUCUAAUCAGUUUGCCAUGAAGGAUUUGGGUGAUAUUCACUUUUUCUUGGGUCUACAGGCUCGGCGUACGUCUAAGGGUUUGUUUCUCUCUCAGCAAAAAUAUAUUUCUGACUUAUUACGCCGAUUUCAUCUACAUACUGUUAAGCCUGUUCGUACACCUCUGCCAUCGCGUACCACACUUUCUCUUACAGAUGGUGAACUUCUCACUGAUGCUACUGAGUAUCGUAGUAUGGUUGGUGCUUUACAGUAUUUGACUUUGACCAGACCUGAUAUUACUUAUGCUGUCCAUUUGGUCUCUCAGUUUAUGCAUGCACCUCGUACUACUCACCUUGUAGCUGUGAAGCGUAUUUACAGAUAUUUGCAGGGUACUACAGAUUAUGGUUUAUGGCUUCAGGCUAAUCGUGACAUCUCUCUUAUUGUGGCCUAUUCUGAUGCUGAUUGGGCCGGCUGUCCAGAUAGCUGUCGUUCCACAACUGGGUAUGCAAUUUUUCUGGGUCCUAAUCUUAUCUCCUGGCGAUCCAAGAAGCAACCCACUGUCUCUAAAUCUUCCACAGAAGCUGAGUAUCGUGCGAUAGCAUAUACUGUCCAGGAUACUAUUUUCAUUCGUUCACUUCUGGCUGAGAUGGGUAUUCGGUUCUCCACGCCUGUUCAACUUCAUUGUGAUAAUGUCUCAGCUUCCUAUCUAGCUGUGAACCCGAUUCAGCAUGAUCGUAGCAAACACAUCAAAAUUGAUUACCAUUUUGUUCGCGAACGCGUUGCUCAUGGAGAUCUGGUGGUCAAAUAUAUCCCUACUCAACUGCAAUUGGCUGACAUUUUUACUAAAAAUUUAUCUAGUCAGCGUUUUGAAUUUUUACGUUCCAAUCUGCGCGUUGUUUCCCCUGCACAGAUUGAGGGGGUGUAAUAAGCUAUAGUACUGGGAUAUUGAUGUAAUUUUUGACAUUCUCUAUUCAUUAUAUAUAGACCACCAGGACACCCUAUUAGGGUGAGCCAUUAUUCCAUCUUAUUAUUUCAUAAAAUGUAACACAUACUCCGUAUUAGAGAAAUGGAAAAGGAAAAUAUUAAUACACAUGCUUUCCUUACUCACCCUUUCACCUCUCUCCCCAUCUUCUCGUUGCCCGGCCCGUUCCGCCUCUACCACCACCACUGCCCUCUACCCAUGUUGGUCUGCCAAAAAAUUAAGGGAGAAUUUGAGUUUGCACCUCAUGUUUUGGGUGAUAUUUGACUUUGCACCCCAUUUUUAAAAUCAUUAAUGUAUGCACCCCAUUAGCCCAAAAAUUGUGAAGGAGUAGGGUGCAAAGUGAAAUGAUUUUAUAGUGAAUUAGGGUGCAUACAUUAAUGAUUUUGAAAAUAGGGUGCAAAGUCAAAUAUCACCCAAAACAUGGGGUGCAAAGUCAAAUUCUCCCAAAAAUUAACCUUUCUACUGAAUUGCAGGAAUGAGACAACACUGCUCUAGAUCAUCCACAGGAGACAUGAUUAUCGUUGCUUGAACCUUGGAUUGGUUUCCAAACGUUGGAACCGCACUCACACCACCUUAAAAAGCACUCUAGAAGACUAGAGAAGAACCGCACAAAAAAUCGGCGGAAGAAAAAUCAUACGCGACGAUAAAGCAGUUAGGGAGACAAAACCCAGGGCCGUCCAAAGAAUUUGGAGGCCCCGGUUCGAAAUAGCAAAUUGAGGCCCCCUAAAACUAUAAAAUAUAACAAAUUUAACAAUGAAAUAAAAAAAGUCAAUGAAAUAUAAGUUUUACAUAAUGUUUUGGGAGUAAAACACGUCCUACCCGACACAACCCUACGUACAUAAGUACUAGCCAUUGGGAAUUUGGAAAGUACCGCUCUAGUUAAACUAAUUAAUUGUACAAAAAAAUGUAUGGUUAUGUAAAAACAAUGUUCCUUUUUUCAAUUUGUAAAAACUAAAAGUUAUACAUGUUUUAGAAUUUGAAAUAAUACACAAUAUCUAGAAAAAAUCAACCUACAGGCUAUAGUUAAUACUACAAACUAAAAAUUUGGAGGCCCCCUAUAAACGUAAACCCGGUGUGAAGCACCUAUUGCACCUCCUAAAAGACGUCAUGCGUCAUUAAACUGCUAGGGAGAAACGUACGAUGAAAACUCACCGGAAGAGUCUCCACCCAAGUAAAUUGUUCAAACAAUAGUAAAGUUUUUUUUAUAUCGAAAACAAUAGUAAAGUUAAAUCAGCACUUUUGAUAUUUAAUUCAUUUUAAUAAUUAAUUAAACUUACUAAUCCAAAAAUACAUACAUUAAGAUUUUUUAUAAAGUUACAAAAUCUAAAUUAAAUUAGAAUAUAAUUAAAUUAGAAAUUCAUAUCCUAAUUAAGUAAUAAAUGAACCUAUCUGACUAAAAAUCUUAACUUCACAAAUCGAAAGAGAAAAAUAUAUCCCACUCCAUAAGUGUAACCAUUUUAAAUCAUAAAUAUAGAUAGUAUAUAUUGUACGGAUUAGUAAAAAAAACAACUCCUCUUCACACUUUCCCCUCCGAUUGAACCUCUUUCGAGUAUACACUUCCCCCAUGAAAAUUAAAAGAAGCAGAUAUAUGCAACGGUGAAGCAUCAAGCAUAUAUAGCAAAUUAGCAAUAUACAUUCACGUACGUACAUCAUCAGAGAUGCAAAUAGCAUUCUUUGGUGAUAGUGGUGAAUCUUGGCAGGGUGUUCAAAAUUACUUUACACUUGUAAAAUAAUAUUAUUUGAUCCAAUAGUUGAAGAGAUUUAAUUUUUUCAGCAAAAAAAAAAAACAAAAUGGUUAAACGUAAAUAUAUUAAUUACAUAAAAAAUACAACAUACUUCCUCUGUUUUUUUUAGUUGCAACAAUCAACAUUUGCACAUUUGUCAAUGCACACUUUUGACCGUAAGUAUGUCUUAAUCUCUAUUAACAAAAAAAAUAUUAAAAAUCAGAUUUUGAAAAUUGGUAUUGAGAUGAAUUGAAAAAUAUUUUUUUAAAAAAAUAAUUUUCAUAAAAUAAUAGUGUAAAAUGUAGUCAAAGUAGAUCAUGUGAACAGUGCAAAAAGUCAACAUGUUGCAAUUAAAAAGAGACGAGGAUAGUAUAAAUUAUUAUAUCAAUUUUAUACAAGUAUUUUUGCAUUUCAUUUUCAAAAUUUUGGGUAUGCACAUAAACACCUUAAACAAAGACCAUCCGUGCGCCACUGUUAGUGGAUGAAAGCAUAUGCUUUGCAGCAUAAAAUGACCCCAAAAGAUUAACACAUAAAGCCACAACAUGCACUGAUUAAGCAAAUAAGUCGAUCAAGUAUGCAUAUAUACACACUGCAAAGUGGUUGGAGAUAUGCUUGGCUCCUCAUACGCCAUUCAUGGAGGCACAUCAAACUCUGAAUGAGCUCCUCAAAUGGCAUACAGGGAGCCAGGCAUACAUGUAGCCAUAUGCAUAUAUCUCUUUACACAUCCAACUGAUGCAUAAAAAUAUGUUGCUUGGGAUCAAAAGUGAGGAGAAAGAAAGAGGGCUGAAGCGAAAUGGAGAGGGGAUAUAUGUUGUACAUAUUUGGGGUCCUAAUAACAAUAAGCUAGCUAGCUGGUAAAUGGCAAUCAAUGCAAAUGGAUCCUUCCAAGCUAACCAGGUGUUUGAGUGAGGAGAGAAAGGAGAUGAUGAGGUUAUGUUUGUAGGGUUGAAGGGGUUGCGUAGUUCUGUGUUGGAAGGACGAAAGACGACACAAUAUAAAGGGAUGGAGGAAGCUAAGCCAGGCCAGGUAGGGGUUAGCUAGGGUAUGAGUGGGGCUGGGAGAGAUGAAUGAUGGGGUUUGAAAAAGAAAGCCAAUUCGGUCUCUGAUCUUCUUUUUCUGGGAUGGGUUGCUUUUCUCAUCUGAGCCCUUUGUCUCGGAGUGCUUGGCCGACAUGGAUUCCCACCUUCUCUUUCUUUCUAUUUUCUAUCAAUAUACUACCGCGCCAGACUAAAAGUAAACGCAAAUUUAGCAUCCCCAGCUUUUUCAAUCAUGCUUCGUAAGGGUUUAUGAGACAUAUUAUGCAUCCUCACCCCAGUCUCAUAAUUGCAUUUGUUUAUCAUUUUUCAAAUAUUAAAAGCAUUGUUUUUUUUUUAAGGAAAAAGCAUUGUUUUGAAAUGUACUCCCUCCGUUUCUAAAAGAACCUCACACUUUCCUUUUUUGGAUGUGCCAAAAUAAAAGUCACACUUCCCUUAUUUCCUUAUUUGACAAAGAAAUCUACAUCCUAACAGUGCCAAACAGUGCCAAACAGUGUCCAAACAGUGCCAAACAGUGUCUAAACAGUGUUUUCUACAGUAAAGUCAAUUUAUUUCCUUAAUAACUGUGAAGUCAAACCGUGACUUUCUUUUAGAAACGGAGGGAGUAACAUUUAAGAACCCGUUUGGUAGCACGAAAAUCUGUUGUUUUGGCUGAUUCUGUUAGAAUUUAUGAAGUUCUGGCUGAAUUGACUGCAUUGGUUGAAUCUGCUGAUUUAAGAAAAAAAUAUUUUUAGAAUAUACUUUAUUAAUAAAAUAAAGAAAAAAUUAUAUGUAAAAAUAGCUAAAAUAGUCAUCUACAGUAACUUCAGCCAAUACAGCCAGAAAAGUAACUCCAACCUUACUUUUUCUGCUUAUUACACAAUUCAGCGCGUGAAAGGAUAAAUUACGCAUUUGGUGAAAAAGUUGGCUGAUAAGCCGAAAAACAGUGUUGCAAAACGGCCUCUAAAGUUAGCUUAAGAGUUAAGAGUAGAUAGUAACAUAAAUAGGGAUCGCAAUUGUAUCCGACACAAAUAGAUAGUGUCUGUAUGAAAUCGCUUUUGUCAAAACAUGUAAAAUCGCAUUGACCUAAUAACGAAUUGAGACCGCGAAUAAUAUUUUCAUUUAUAUUUUGACAAUGGAGCAGUUUAUACAUACUCGCUCA